AUGAUCAUUAUAGUGUUUUCUCAUUAUAAAAAGUCUUAGAAAAAUACAAUAUUAAAUGUGAUAAAGCUUUUAAUGGAAUUGAAGCUUAAAAAUUAAUAUAGAAUAAACAAAUUAAACCAUGUCAUUGUGGCAAUAAGUCUUAUCUAUUAUUUUUUAUAGAAUUUUAUUUACCAGUAAAAAACAAUUAAAUUAUUUUAGAUUUUAUCAGGAAUAGAAUUAGUGAAAUCACUAAAAGAAUAAAUGAGAAAUAGUUUGAUAGAUAAAGGUUAUGUGAUAGUAAUAGCAACAUUUGUAGAUCUGAAUUCUAAAUUAGAGUGUUUUAAGAGUGGCGCAGAUUAUUUUAUAGCAAAACCAUUUGAUUUAAUAGAUAUUGGAGCAGCAGUUUAAUAUUUAGAUUUUUGA